AUGCCAAAAUCCAGUGGGAACUCCUUCUUUCACAAAACUGAUGACGCAAAGCGCACACUAGAUCCCUCCCGUGAUGAGGCAGAAGCCCUAUCUGAAAAACGCAGUCGUAUCUCCCAGAAGUCGCCUUCCGCGCUAUAUACCCUUUCCUACAGCCAUCCGCCUUCGGACCAGCUGCCGUCCAGCGAACAGUACAGAAGCCACCUCAAAGACUUCAAACGCUUGGACAGCUACUUUGCAAAGUUCUCUUCAAAGUCCGAUGGGGUUAUCAAGACAAAUGUCUUGCGCUUGACCAUCAUGACAUUCUUGCGAACCGACAACAUCGAUGGCGAAAACUACUAUGUCACCCUCAACCCCGCUGAGAGCGCCAGGCUCCGGACGUUCGCCCAGGGCGUUUUGUGCAAAUGGUGGGAAUAUCUCUUGUCCAGCCUCUCCUCCCAGACCGACCCCAAUCUGACGCCGCUUCAGACAAGUUCCCCUGGUUUGACCAGACGAGGAUCCACCAAGCUCUCAAGCCUUGACAAGUCAGCGUAUUUAGAGUGCCUCUCGCGUAUCUUGGCUCGUCCCGAGUGGGGAAUGCUUGCAGUGUCUGAGACUGCGACCUACCGCAAGCUCCUAACGUCCACCAUGGAGUUUUCGCUCGCCAAGCUUAAUAACGCCAAGACCGUGCCCUUGGCACACGCGGCGUUUAUCGGGAAGGUCCUAGCACACUCGUUCUUUGCCCUACCACACGUGGCCAAUGCGUUGCUCUUUCUCUUGAACACGAAACAGGGCAGUCUCAAUGAUUUGGUCGGCUGCUACUUUUCAGAAAGGAAGCUUGUGGUCCCCGGUGGAUCCCACGAGGAUGAGUUUAUUGCUGCGGGCCGCAAAUUGCACCUGCUCCAGGUGUUCCCCCGCGAGGUCCAGCACUUGAUCGGUGAUUUAGGUCGCUUUAACCCGCGUAGAGCGGGCCACCAGGGUCUUACUGCGUCCAAAUCUCGGUUUUACAAGAAGCGAAACCUAGCUAUGAACCCGGUGGUUCCCCCUGUGCACCCGGCGCCAGGAAUCAAUGACCCCAGCGGACCAUGGGUCAGCAAAUGGUGCCUGCACGGAAGUGACGUGUUCAACUCGUUCCUCCGCCACUACCUAGACAUUCUUUCUAGCCGUGUAUCGGGGAUUGACAUCGAUGACAGACUGAUGCUCGCGGCCCCGGGGCUCUUGGUGAUUAUGUGUCAUAUCAGGGAGAUUGCAGAAAAGGGCGUGACGGCCGUUGGCGCCGUCCCUCUGAAACUGAACCCCAGAAAGAGUUCCAGUCUCCCCAGGGACCCCAUGAAGAACAUGCCCACCAGCCAGGUGGCCAAAAACGCCCAUUAUAACUCCAUGGUUAAGCUUAUCCACACGUUGCGCAACUUUGUCGCAACCAGUGAGUCGAAGCUCCGCCCGCAUUUUGUGCGCUACUUUGACCAGUUGCUCAUGUCGCUUGCCACACUGAUUAGCACCUAUCGGCCACAGGAGUCCGGAGUAAUGCUCGAUUUAUUUAGCGAGUUUGCCCAGAAUAUGGCGAGCGACAAGAACGACUACGCAACAAUGAAUAUCGCCAUGUCCAUUGAUUGGAUCUUCUGGAUCGAGUGUGUGUCGCGGCUCGUUGAUACCGAAAAUGCGUUUCAGCAGCUCAAGGGGAUCAGUUUCCUCUAUGCGCUCUGGGAUAUGUUGCCCAACUACUUGAUCGAGGAUGUCACCGCCUAUCCAAGUCAGAAACGCUACCGUGCCACCACCCCGACCUGGUACUCCAAUCUGAAAGAGAGCAUCAAGUGGAACGCUGGCAACUGGAUCCUCUCCAUCCCCAUCUGGUUCAAGUUGUUCAACCACUGGCAGCCGUUGGUACGUUCCUACUACAUGCGCUUGAUUGUCUGGAAAAUCAUUGGGCUCAACGAGGAGUUUGAGGAUAUUGAUAACAUCAAGCACAUGGUGGAAAUGCGUCUCAAUAUGUCUUAUGAUCGCGUAACCGAGCUUAUCUCCGAUUCCAAAGAGUGUUUUGGAGAACGCAACCUAAUUUCCAUUACACCCGCAACGCCCAUUAUCAACCGGAAGUUUGUUAUUACGCCCAUGGUGGUGGAUGGGGGGUUCAGCACCGGCUUACUCGUGGGCAUGGACGAUUCGUACGGCGAAAUGGCGGAAUUUUUACCCCGCAAACCUGUGAAUUCCAUGUCACGGACUCAUGCUUACGAAAUCCUCGAUGAGGCGGUAUACAGCUCUGUAUCCAACGGAAGCAACCUCUCCUUCUCUGAGGCGGUGCCUGAACCCAAGAUCGAGACUCCGCCCGCUAAGAAGCCUUCCAUGUUGUUUGGCUCUGCGCUUAGGUUAUUCAAAAAAGCGUCGCCAUUGGCCAGCAAAGUGCAGGCCUUAGAGGAAGAAGAGGACCCGCGGACCGAUCUUCGUGACCAACUUGCUGACCUGGCCCGAGGCGACACUGCAGCCAUGCGAUCGCUACCAUCAUCCAGCUCAAACUUGAGUGCGUUAUCCAGCUUAGUGAGGGAUAUCAAGUCGGUUGGGUCCCUCAGUUCCCUCUCCAACACCUCCCGUUCGUCGACCCCGAGCGUCUUUUCGCACUCUGCGCCUUCUAGCUAUGAGGAAUCGAUCUCGUCGUCGUCUUCGAGCUUUGAAAUCAAUGAGGCGAUCAUAACCAAGGCGUCGUCUCCAAGCUCCAUGUCCAUGGGCAGGAUUCCGCCGCCCCCCGAGUUUGCGCACGCGGUGUCGGAAGUUACCGGCCCGGGCUAUCGGUUCCAGAUUGUGGUUGAUAACUCUGCUGUGAACAAGAAGUUUGGGAUGGUCAGGUUUGGUGGUGGGGCUAACAGAGAGUACAGAGGCGAGUACAGAGGCGACGGUGGCUCGGCUUCCCCGACGAUUGAGGGUGACAGCUACUUUUCUUCUUCCUAUUCCGCAGAUGUAUCCGAUCUACCACCCGUUCCUCGACUCCCCAAGAUUAAUUCUUUCUUCGAGACGGACUAUAUGGUGACCUCGUCAACCAAUUUGAUCUUGGGUGACGAAGGCUUGGGGAACGAUGACGAGUCGAGUGAUGACGAGUUGAUGAUUUCCAUCACCCGGAAGCUUUCCAAGCGGAUGUCGUUAUUCACCAAUCAAGCAGCCACCGAGAGUAAAAAUUCGGUAUAUCAUCUCUACAACCACCUGAGGAGGGAAGAAGAACGCAAAAGGCAGACUCUCCAGAAGAUCCAGAAGUAUGGGAACAUGGGCAGAGCCGUGGCCGAAUGGACAGCCCAUAUAGUGGAAUUUGAACUGUUUAUUGCGAAGAAGACGAGCAAUGGGUGUAUGCUCGAGUCUCCCUCGACGUAUAUUCCUGCUCUCCUAGCCGAGCCUCCUAGUAACAAGCUCAAUGCGAACUAG